AUGAGCUGCAAGGCCAAGGCCAAGAUGAAGGCACAGUUUGCACAUACAUACACACCCCAUACAACACAAUUGCCCCCACACAGACACAAUCACAAAUAUGCAUGUUUACACCACACAUCUGACAGGUCCUGCCUGACCUCACCACCCCCACUCGUUCACACAGCCAAGCUCAUCCUGGGUAGAGCAGGGUGCAGAGCCUGGGCCCCAAAAUGGCAGCUCCCAAUUCCCCUCUCUACCAUAGGAAUCCUGAUCCUGGGGCUCCUGUUGGCUACUCCCAGCUGCCUUGGCUACUUUGAGGACCUGGUCCAGUGCUUCCAGGACCCCGAGUACGAGUCCAUCCUUGUCACGGCACAGAAGGGGCUCCACGCCUCCCCUCUGCCCAAGCGCGUGGUAAUAGUGGGAGCUGGCAUGUCAGGCCUGGUGGCUGCCAAGGCACUACAAGAUGCUGGCCACCAGGUAACCAUCUUGGAAGCCAGCCACCACAUCGGAGGUCGAGUUGUCACAUACAGGAAUGAGGAGGAGGGCUGGUACUAUGAACUGGGGCCCAUGCGAAUCCCUAAGUCACACAGGCUAGUUCAUGCCUACGUCAAGAAGCUUGGACUGAAGAUGAACAAGUUCAUAGAAUAUGAUGGUAAUACCUGGUACCUCAUCAACGGGCAACGUUAUCGCACUAAGGAUGUCAAGAACAACCCAGAGCUCCUAGGCUAUUCCACGAAACCACUGGAGACGGGCAAGAGUGCUAUGAAUCUCUUCCAUGAGUCCAUCACCAAGCUCAAACAAAAUCUGAAAAAUUUCAACUGCAGCCACCUGGCAUCCUUUUACGAUUCCUACUCCACCAAGGCUUACUUGCUGAAGGAAGGGGCACUGAGCCAAGGAGCAGUAAAGAUGAUCGGGACUGUGAUGAAUGAGGAUUCUGGAUACUAUAAGUCCCUCCUAGAGUCCCUGCGCACAGACUUCAUCUUCUCCAAAAAGGACGACUUUUCUGAGAUCACUGGUGGCUUUGACCAGCUCCCUAAAGCCCUCAGCGCCAGCCUGAAGCCUGGCACUAUCCAGCUGGGCUCCAAGGUGGAGACCGUAGUGAGGGACGGGCCCGAGAUUCAGGUUUCCUACAGGGCAGGCGAGCCCAGCUCGGUGCAGCACAACCUCACCGCGGACUUCCUCAUCAUUUCCGCCUCGGCCAAGGCCACGCGCCUCAUCACCUUUAAGCCACCGCUCUCCCCAGACAAGGUGGAAGCGCUCCGCGUGGUGCAUUACACCAGCGCCACCAAGGUGGUUCUAGCCUGUAAGGAACCCUUCUGGGAGCGGGAGGGCAUCCGGGGUGGGGUCUCGGUCACCGACCGGCCCUCCCGCUUCAUCUACUACCCUAGCCACAGCUUCCCCAGUGGCAAGGGGGUCCUGCUGGCCUCCUACACCGUGGACGAUGACUCCCUCUUCUUCAUAUCCAUGACGCACGAGCAGGUGGAGGAUGUGGUCCUGGAGGACCUGGCGGCCGUGCACCAAAUACCCAAGGACGAGCUGCGGCGCAUGUGCCCCUCCUCUGUGCUCAAGCGCUGGUCUCUGGAGCCCUUCACCAUGGGCGCCUUCGCUGAGUUCACACCCUACCAAUUUACUGACUAUUCGCUACGGCUCUUCCAGCCCGAGGGCCGCAUCCACUUUGCAGGCGAGCACACCUCCAUGCCCCAUGCCUGGAUAGACACUGCCAUCAAGUCCGGCCUGCGGGCAGCCAGGAAUAUCCAGGCCAAGGUGGACGAAGAGGCCACCGAGAGGCAGAAGACCUUCACUCAUACCCAGAAUCAUUUCUAACCCUGAAAGAAAUCCCUGAGGAAAUCUGGCAGAAAAGGCCCUGGGAGGUGGGAGUUGGAGGAAGAGACCCACAAGAGAGGUCACCAUUGGUUCCUCAGCCCACAGGCAAGAAUCCAAAACCACUAAAGAACCCAGCUGGCCAGUCCGCAAAGAAAAGUCCCUUUCCCCGCUUCUCUCCCCUUCCAGGCCUUGAGAAGGGAAGCAACAGAAUCAGAGUAGAUGGAGAGUAAGGUAAAUCAAGGAUGGUGAGCACUAGAAUCUGCCCUUAGCUGGGAGGAAACUGUCUCCUGCUCCAUAAUAGUAACAAGCAAAGGAGAAAGGCUCCAACAUAUUGGCCUCCAACAUAAAGGCCCUAAUUUCUAUCAUAUACAACUAGAAGCUUCUAAAGGAACAGACAAACCCUGAGCUGCAGCAAUAUUAAACCACAGAUUAGUCACACACAAACCCAAAGUGCACACAGAUCCCAUCAUUGUGUGCCUCCUCCAGGCAAGAAGGGUGCUCACAUCUUGGCCCAACGUGGAAUCUAGAUGGAUGGGAGAGAUAAGGGUUCUUCUCUGUUCUAUCUGAGCCUGUAAGAGCAGCCCAUAGACUUUUCUACUCCACCUUUACCUCCCCACCACCAGCCAAACUCCCUUCCCACCUCUGCUUGUCCAGCCUAUACAUCCCUCUAGGAGGACACCAAGCUCAAUCUCCAUACUCACUCUGAUCUUCCCUAACACAUGCUGUGUCCUUCCAGACCCAACUAACUUAUUCCCUCUCCCUGAAUCCUCCCUUAACUGCCAUGCCCAAACCCCAGGGACCUUUCUCUCUCUUUUGAACCUCCACUCUUCCUCCCUAGAGUCCCAAAUAUUAGACUAUGGAUCUUCUUAUGCUAUUAUGUAAUGACUUUGUGAGGGCAUAUUAUCUGUCCAACUACAUUGAAAGCCCCCAAUGGCUGGGAUCAUAUCAUUUAUGCCUCAGUCUAUUUCCCAAAGACACUUAAAUAUAUGUUAUUUCCCUUGCCCUCUCAAUAAAUAUUUAUUUUGCAUCUACCAUGUGCCAGGCACUAUGCUGAGUGUCAGAUACAAAGGAUGAGCAUCAGGGGCACCUGGGUGACUCAGUCAGUUAAAUGUCUGACUUUA